CACAUUUCUAUUUGAUCUGAGGCACCCAAUCUGCAUGCACUAGCAUUGUCAUUAGGGGAAACACAUUUUGUCAUGAAGCUGUCCACUCAUUUACAUCAUGGGGAAGCUGAAACGGUUACAGAUCGCUUUCGAUGGGGAUGUUGAGGAGUAUUCUCCUGGAGAUGUUAUCCGUGGUCAAGUAAUGACGGAGAUCGAUUCCACAGAGGACGGGGAAGGCCUGGAGGAUAUCAAAGGAAUAUGGGUGCGAUUUCGUGGAAAGGCAAAAACAAAAUUCAAGCCCAGUACCGACGACUCUUAUGUCUCGUCUAAGGAGCAUUAUUUCGACGACACUUUCGUCGUAUUUGGGACAGGAGAACACGCGCGAUUCCGAUUCCCUGUGGAUCGGACUCUGCUACCAGGCAGACAUGUCUUCCCAUUUGAGUUUCAGAUUCCUAAUAACCAAGGUUUACCGCAAUCUUUCGAAGGAAAACACGGGUAUGUUCGGUACUUCGCCAAGGUGACCGUGAGUCGCAACAAAACGUUCUACGACAAGAAAUACAAAGAGGAAAAGUGGUUUAGAUUGAAGGGGCCGACGGUGGAUCUGGGUCGGAUACCAGACACAGAGGUAGCUGUACAUAGGGACACCACAGUUGCAACCUGCUGUGGGUGUAGUGAUGAUGUGGAAUCUAUCAUUUCUCUGGGUUUACCGAGACAAGGAUUCCUUCCUGGGGAAACCAUCUACGUCACUGGUCACGUGGAUAAUCGCACUGCUGAUGAGAGCCUCGUAUUUCAUGCGACGUUUAUACAGCGACUUACCUACAAAAGCCAGAACCACAGCAAGACCAAAAAAGUCACCUUAUCAGAGCAAGCUAGCCAAGUUGGUUGCCCAAAAGGACGCAUUACCGAGUUUACUCUGGUGCCGCUGCUCAUUCCACCUGAUGUCCCGGUAUCUGAUCUUGCUGGGUGUAACUUGAUUGAUAUCGACUACUCUGUCAAGUGUUACACAACUCUUUGCAAAGAGGUGUUCCCUGUUAUGAUUGGUACGGUCCGCAGUGCAGCAACGCACCCUCCUGUUAUAUCGACUGCACCACCGCUCAACGCUAUGGGGGAUUAUGGCAUAUGGCAAACGCAAUCAGCGCAUGAGAACGAGAACGACUGUCCACCGCCAAGCUACGAAGAAGCAGUAGGCGUUCCACACACUCGCGACACCGCGUCUCAUCUCAACCAAUGUCCAGAGAAUCCGCCUAAUAUUAAUCUCACAGUCAAUCAUCUUAGUACAGUAACCACAAUGUAAUAUUAAAUAAAUUCCCGUUAAUCUGACAUAAUGCAAUGCUGGACUCACGCUAAUCUUCAAGGGAAUGUGGCUACAACCAAGUAUAACAAAUAAGAAUCAAAAUGAAUUCAUUAACGAAGUGUGUUGUAAUGGAACAACUCUGCAUGUGACUCAGUGAUAUUGGGGUGUCACCGUGUGUUUGCAAAAGCUGACUUGGCUUUGAUUCCAAUCCCCAUCAUGUACUGGCUAUGAAUAGGACGGUGUUUGUUUAAAAUAACAUGCGUAUAUUGAUGUGUUUGUGAUCAUAACGUGAUACCGUGCAUAUAGAUAUUCCCAGUCUUUGACGCCUUCCCACAAAAAUAUUUCUAUCUCGAACUUUCCAAUGUGUGAAAUCUUAUUUCUGGUAAAUAAA